AUGCAAAGAGUUAAACAAUUACUAUUAUCAUCAUAUCAUUGCCGUCAAAUUCGUACUUUUAAUUCAUCUAUAUUUGAUAUUAAUCCUGAAGUAAAAUCAGCGCUAAAUGAACAUCGACCAAUAGUUGCAUGCGAAACAGCUAUUCUCACACAUGGUUUACCUCGACCAUCAAAUAUUGAAACAUGUUUAAAAAUUGAGCAAAUUAUUCGUGAGAAUGGUUCAAUACCAGCAACAAUUGCUAUUUUAAAUGGUCGAAUCAAAGUUGGUCUUACACAAACAGAAUUAGAACAACUUGGAUCAUUGAAUAAUGUUGAAAAAGCUUCUCGUCGAGAUUUACCUUAUCUUAUGUCGCGUCAUGCAUUCGCUGGUACAACUGUGGCAGCAACAAUGCUUAUUGCUCAUCGUUGUGGUAUUCCAAUAUUUGCGACUGGUGGAAUCGGUGGAGUUCAUCGAGAUUCGACAACAACGGGCGAUAUAUCAUCAGAUUUAGAUGAAUUAGGGCGUACACCUGUUUGUGUUAUUUCAAGUGGUGUUAAAUCAAUUCUUGAUAUUCCUAAAACACUUGAAUAUCUUGAAACAAAAGGUGUUGGAGUAUAUACAUUUGGGGAUACGAAUGAAUUUCCAAAUUUUUUUACACGUUCAAAUGAAUUUGGAUCUUGUUCAUGUGCAGCUAUUCGUACUAUUGACGAAGCAGCACGACUUGUUCGAACUAUGGUCGAUCUUAAACUUGGUUCUGGUUUAUUACUUGCUGUACCUAUUGACAAAGAAGAUGAAUUGGAAGUAGGUGGAGGCGAAAAAAUUGAAUCUAUUAUUCGUGAAUCCCUUGCACGAGCCACUCAAGAAAAUAUUACGGGAAACAAAGUUACCCCGUUUGUUCUAAGUGAAAUUCGUCGGCAAACGGGUAAUAAAUCAAUAAUAACGAAUCAGAAAUUAAUCUAUAAAAAUGCUCGUAUUGCAUCACAAAUUGCUGUUGCUUUAUCAUCAUCUAAAUCAAAUUCGCCAUCUUCAUUAAUUAUUAUUGGAGCACGAAAUAUUGAUUUACAUAUUCAACUUAAUGCUGAUUUUACACCGCAUAAAGGUUCCACUAUUCCUUGUCGUGUACGACAGAAUUUCGGCGGAGUUGCAUAUAACGUUACGCAUGCUCUUCAUCUGCUAAAAAAUCAUUCUAUUCGUCUUCUUACUGUUGCGGGUAGUUCGAAUUUAUUACGAAAACAUGAUUCUACUCCGGCUCUUAUUCACGAGAUCGAAGAUGAAUCAACAGCAAGUUAUAUUUCAUUACUUGAUUCAAAAACGAAUGAACUUAUUUGCGGUUUUGGUGAUAUGGAAAUAUACGAAAGACAAAUAACACCAUCAUUUUUAGAUAGAAAUCUUUCAAUUUUAAUCAAUAGUCAAUGGAUUAUGUUUGAUGCAAAUUUAAGUCAAAUGGCAAUGAAAUAUUUAAUAGAUACUGCCACUAAAUAUAAAAAGAAUUCAGUAUUUAUAUCUGCUGGUGGUCCAAAUAAAGCUCGUCGAAUUAAGCCAUAUCUAAAAGAUAUAAAUGUACUGUUUUGUAAUCGUCUUGAAUUCGAAGCUAUUACAGAAUCAUCAUCAAUAGAAAUCAGCCUGAAAAAAUUAGUUAGAAUACAUUCUAAUUUAAAAUUAAUUUGUAUAACGAUUGGUUCUCAGGGUGUAUUAAUUAGUAUUAAUGGCCAAUUAAAAAAAUAUAAAGCGUUAAUAACAGAAAACGAUCAACACGAUAUUCAAAAUGUCACUGGAGCUGGCGAUAGUUUCGCUGCAGGUGUUAUGAAUCAAUUGUUAAAAAUAAAUUUUAACAAUAUUGAUCGAGCUAUUGCAUGUGGUUUAUUAUCAGCGAAAUUGACUUUAAAAUCAGCAAAUACGAUUAGUGAACAAUUAAACACAAUUGAUGAUGCAAUGAUUGAUGAGAUUUGUUUGAAAGAACUUAAAUAUGAGAAUAUUGAUAGUUAA